UAGAAAAAAUUGAAAGCAAAUAGUGGUUUUAGGCCAGUCUUCCCGAUGCAUUAUGAGCAAUCAGUGAGUCCAGAGUCUUGCUUGUUGUCUUCGAACGGUGUUUGCUCCUCUCUUGUCAUGAACAGAUGGUCAAUGUUGUCACUAUCAUUCUCGUCAUGUUGUCAACGAUCAGGCUUGAAUUUAAAAAGUUGUUCUUCAGACUCGCUGAUAACCUUCUUCUCUUCCUGAAGACUACUCACAAGGUUAUCCUUUCCAAAAAUGCCAAACAAACUCUUGAAGGUGAGCUUGGGCUUGGAUUUAGACUUAGGUUUAUCAUUCUCCUUCUUCUUGGCAAGCUCUUUAACGCCUUGGCCCAUUCUCUCGAAAAUAUUGAUUGUCUUUCCCCAAGCUUGCUUGGUAAAUUGACCAGUUUUGUCUAGAACUUCCUUGCCAGAUUGCUCAGAUUUCUCCCAAGCCAGCUUAGUCUUGUCUCUGAGGCCUGAAGUUUUAUCCCAGAAUUUACUGGUGUGCUCUUGGAAGAUAUCCCCAGUGGUAUCAAAUAUUUCCUUCACGUUGUCAUCGAGAGCAUCGAAAAAUCCUUUUCUAAAGGAUUUUAUCAACUGGUUUUUCGUCUGAGCCAAAUAUCUCAAUAUCAUGAUCAUUGCCAUCCCUAUGUGGGUAAUCUAAGUCUAGCAGCUCAGCUGACUCUGUUGGGCUAGCUCCCUCUCUCACGCUUGGAGGUGGUUCAGAGAAGUAGCCUGAACUAACGAAGGAAUCUAACCGUUUGCUAUAAAACUCGGUAGCUUUGAGAUUAAAUACAUUAUGGCUAAACUUAUCCUUCCCGAGUGAGGUCAAAUAAGGGGCAAGGAAUUCAUCAAAUCUGGAAUUUCCUCCGUAACUGAGGCUCUGAAUAUCUUUGCUAGUCCAUCCGUCCUGGGUGGAUAAGGGUUUUAGGUUCAUAUUAGGCUGGCUUUCCAUCUCUUUUGCUCACUCCGAGCACACGAAUAUUCCAUGCUGUGUACAUGCAAAAGAAGGAAAUUGCGAACUCUUGCAACAGAAACAAUUAGAAUUUGUUCCAAAAGACAGUAAAGAAGAGAAUAUUGGAGGAAAUUGAGGCUUUGCUCUUCCUAGCAUGCUUUGC